UCUGGAUUCAACUUCAACUGAUUCGUUAACUAUAACCCGAGGACUCAUCAUGGUAGAUGAGGGUGUCGUCGUGCCGUUGGUGGGCGCCUUACAAGCCUGCGUCUCCGUUCUGCUGACCAUGAGCUACGGGGUCGCAGCGCAAAGGUUUCGAUUGAUUCAAGAGUCCUCGAUCAAUGAUAUGGCUGGACUGGGGGUCAAGUUGUUUCUCCCAGCUUUAAUCAUUAUCAAUCUAGGCGAACAGCUGCAACUUGGAAAUGCGUUGAACUACAUCCCCGUUCUCAUUUGGUCCAUUCUCUACACGUGUGCCUCAAUCGGCCUGGCAUAUUUCGUCUCUAGGGGAUUGAAGCUCCCGCGCUGGGUGACGCCUGCCUGCGCAUUCAACAACACGACCUCGCUGCCGCUCCUCUUGUUGCAAUCGCUGGAAAGCGUGGGGAGUCUAAAACCGAUUAUUAAAGACGGUGAUACCGAGUCCGAAGCUAUCUCUCGUGCCCAAAGCUACUUUCUUCUCUGCGCUGUAGUUAGUAAAACGAUCGGUUACGCCGUUGGUCCCAAGCUACUUCAGGACGGUAACGAGUCAUCCACCAAUCCAGAGAAUCAAGAAGCAGACGACACCAAUCCUGAAACACAAAAUGGCACCACUGGACACGGUCAUGUCGAUGAGGAAACAUCCCUUCUUCCACAGCGAGCGCAAAAAGCCCGCCGCAACAUUUCAAACAGCAUCCGGCACGGAACCCAGCGCAUUUCAUCUAUGUUACCCAAGCGCAUCCGACAGAGGCUUAUGGCCCCAUUUGAGUCCCCGUUCGCCGAUGUGGCGAUCGCAUGCACCGUUAUCGGUGUGGUUUUAGGUCUGGUGCCGCAGUUGCAUAAAGCAUUCUUCAACAAAUACGAGGACGGCGGGAUUUUCAACGCUUGGCUGACGUCGAGUGUUAAGAACAUUGGCAAGUUGUUCACGACGUUCCAGAUCUUUGUGGUGGGGUGUAAGCUGGGCGUUAGCUUCGAGAAGAUGAAAACUAGCGGUGAUUCGGGGCGAAUGCCUCUGAAGGCGAUUGGGACAAUCUUUCUCGUUCGUUUGGUGAUAUGGCCAGCACUUAGCAUAGCCGUUGUGUAUGGCUUGGCUAAGAAGACCAAUAUUGUGUUGACUGAUCCUAUCCUAUGGUUCAGUUUGAUGCUCAUGCCGGCUGGACCCCCAGCGUUGGUCAUAUCCGGACUGGCUGAGUUGGCUCAGAUUUCGGAACUGGAGAAGAUGGCUAUUGCCAAAUCGUUGACUGCGAUGUACGUGUUAUCGCCAUUUGUAUGCUUCAGCAUCACGGGCGCUCUGAAAGCGUCUCAAGCGGCACUGGAGCAGAGGAACUCCGCAUAAACACGGUGCUUUGGGAUUGUAUAUAAAGUCUAGAAUUAUGUAUAUAUAUAAGAGAUAUAAACAUUAUUAUAGACCGGUUAAA